UCAUAUUGAAACUGCUAAUGAAUUAAAUGCAGGAUUAGAAAUCGAAGUUGUCGUCAAGGUACUCUUCCUCAAUAAAAUCUUCUUUAUCAUCCUUGGGCUUCUCAGCCUCUGGGACGUUCUUAACAGGUGCUUUAUCUUGUGGCUUUGAGGUUGUGUCAGGGAUCGGAUCUUCAAUGCUCUCAUCAAGGGGUUCUUCAACCUUCUUAUCUUCUACCUUUGGAGCUGGGGCUUCUUCAUCAGAGAAUUUCUCGUAGUCGUCAUCAAUACUUUCCUCUUCAAACUUAUCAUUCGGUGCUUCAUGCUUGGGCUCCGAUAGUUUUUGGUUCGUUUCUGGCUUAGUGAUUUUCUUCUCCGAAACAGGUUCCUUCUCACUUAUCUCUUUGGGAGUCUCUUUCGGCUGUUCUAAUGAAGGUUCUUGCUUGACGUCUCCUUUUUCAGAGCCAUCAUCUCCAAAAGCGAAGGGCUUAGAUUCACUUUCAUCUUUGUGAGGCUUCUUUUCUUCCUCAAUCUGGCUAUCAGGCUUUUCCUCUUUAGAAUCGCUAGCUUUAUCAGGUGUUGGGAUAGUCUCAAUGUUCACUUUAUGCGAGGAUUCCUUCUUAGAGCUUACUUUGGAGCGGUUGCUUUUGGAGCUAGGAGCUUUCUCUACCUUCUCACUAGGAAUGUGUUUAUAAGGAUCUUCAGUCUUCUUCUUCGUCUGUGAUUUUCGAACAUCUUUAGUAGCUUUUGUCUUCUGUUCCCUGUCUUUUAGCACAGGCCGGUAUUUGGAAUUCUUACCUGGCGUCGCUCGUACGGCCUUUUUGGAGCUAACGGGAGUCCGUUUUUCAUAUAAGGGUGUCUUCUUCUGCACUUCUUGCUUGUUCCGCUGGAUGAAGUCAGUAGUUUUCUCACGCUUUUUAUGCUCAAUCCCAUUACCACCUGCGCUCUCUUGGUCUCUAUUAUGAGGCGUAUCUCCUGCAGCUGCAAUAGAAGGCAAUCUUCCAACAGAUCUCUGAUUUUUAAGCUUCUUCUUCCUCAGCAUGUUUUGGAUCGGCUGAAGUUUGUUCCUUUGAAGGCUCUUUUGGAGUCUUUUUCUCUUCCGGUAUUCCUCUUCAAACUUUUUAGUAUUAAGCAUGGCGUUUUGGUUGACUAUCCGAUUCAUCAAUUUCAUAUUCUCUUGGUCUAUCCGCUCUAGCUCUUUUCUUUUAGUCACACAAUUCAGGGAUUUGGGUCCUUUACGUUUCUUUUUAGGCUGCUUAUGGUUCAUACCUGGCGCAGCAAAUUUCCCUUUGGAGAUUUCGAGUAAUUUAUCCAGUAACAACUGGUUGCUCUUAUUUAAUCUCAUUUAUACGCUCGUUGGCUUUAAAUUCAUGAGACUUGAACCUGUUGUUGAGAAUACGGAGCUUCAACAUCUCUGCUUCCUCGUCAAUAACUCCUCUGUUUUCAAGCUCUCUUCUGAUUGACUCAAGUUUGCUUUUGUGGAUCUCGUAUGAGUUAAAAUGGUCGAUGAAUUCAGCAAUAUUAAGGUCUUUUGGAGCUAUAAACUCCAUAUUGUUCGAAAAUUCCAUAAUUAUUUUAUUUCCUAUAUUAAUUUUUAA